AUGUCAUCUCUCUUCACAGGCGACUUCAGCAUUCCUAAGCUGGCCUUGCUAGUCAUUCUCCUGUCUAUCAGUUACCAUGUCUCCAUAUCAGUAUACAAUCUUCUUUUCCAUCCGUUAGCGUCAUACCCAGGUCCAAUACUCCACCGCAUCUCCAUACUUCCCCGUACGGCGUACCUCUUACGCGGCGAGUUACCAUUUCAUGUCACAAAUCUCCACGCCAAGUACGGACCCGUAGUGCGUAUUGCACCCGACGAGCUAGCAUUCUGCGACCCCCAAGCUUGGAAGGAUAUCUACGGCCACAAGCCACAAGGUCAGGAUGAAUUCCCAAAGGAUAACAAAUUUUAUCGGCCGAUUAAAAGCACACCCGCUAACAUAUUCUCGUCUUCGCGCAAUGACCACGCACUCCUUCGCCGACAACUUGCCCAUGGGUUUUCCGACCGUAGCAUGAGAGAGCAAGAACAUAUUAUUGGCGCAUACGUCGACUUGUUGGUCAAGCGUCUCCAAGAACAUUCUAAAGGAGGAACCAAAGCACUCAAUAUGCGCGAGUGGCUAAAUUGGACAACAUUUGAUAUCAUUGGUGAUCUUGGACUGGGGAGUAGCUUUGAAUGCCUCGAGAAAGCCGAGUAUAAUCCCUGGGUCAGGGUUAUUACCAAGGCAAUUAAGAGCAGCAGCUAUAUGCAAGCUAUCACCGCCGUCGGAGGUACACGGCUAGUUACUUGGGUUGCUCAAAGUGGGUUAUGGAAAUCUCGUCAGACUCAUAGGCAGCUCGUAAGAGAAAAGGUCAUGCAGAGAAUGGAGCUUGGUGCUGAACGUCCAGAUCUUAUUGAGGGCUUAUUGAAGAAGCAGAAAGAAUGGCAAAUGUCCUUACGUCAAAUCUCAAUUAACGCUUCAAGGCUCAUCGUUGCGGGCUCCGAAACCACUGCGACGCUCUUAUCUGGCACUGUAUUCUUUCUUACGACGCAUGAAGACAAACUCGCCAAACUGGCUCACGAAGUCCGUUCGUCUUUCAAGAGUGACGAAGAGAUUACGUUAAGCUCUGUUGGGGAUCUUACGUACAUGCUUGCAUGUUUGGAUGAAUGUCUCCGCAUGUAUCCCCCCGUAGCCGUCGGAUUUCCGAGAGUGACACCAAAAGGAGGUGGGACAAUCGCUGGUCACUUCAUCCCAGCCGGGUACACGGUCAGCGUUUGGCAGUGGGCGAUUAACCACGACCCACGCUUUUGGACUGACCCCUACGAGUUCAAGCCGGAGAGAUUCCUGGGCGAUCCCCGAUAUAAGAAUGAUAGGUUUGAUGCUAUGCAACCAUUCAGUGUUGGACCUCGGAAUUGCAUCGGAAAGAAUUUGGCGUACGCGGAGAUGAGGCUGAUCCUGGCCAAGAUCAUUUACAACUUUGAUAUGCGGUUAGAUGAUGGUGCCCUGAAUUGGCUCGCGUCACAAAAGAACUAUGUCUUGUGGGAUAAACCAGUGCUCGGUGUGUAUAUCACUCCUGUAACUCAGUGACAUUCUGCGCUUCAUGCCCGUACACGAGUUCAAUCUGGCAUUAAGACCGCUAUUAUAUAUACAGAUUCAAACGACCUUAAAGUGUGAUUGGUAGUCACGUACACCUGGAUAGUCAGUUCCCGCGAGGUCUCAACCCUGAUAAUUGAUAACUUUGAUCCCUUCGGUAUACUCGCCUGCAGGGAAUUUGAUUUUACCAAUGUACAUGCGGCGUUUCGUAUCAGCAGGGUUACCCGGCUUGUCGCGACCGUGGAAAGCGAUGGUGGUUCCAUCCGAUGCGAUGUCCAUAUGACCGGGGCCGUAAAUAGGUUGAUUAGGUCCGGAUUUGGCGAGGGUUUUACGAUGACCGAACUCGGCGUCGGGGGCAGUUCCCCACGCGUAUUGGAUAUCGUACUUGUCGCUGUUAUAGCAGUGUGUGCUGAAGAACAGGACCUACAUCACCUGAGGUCAGAGGUAUUCCCGGUGUAAUCAAAUUGUUCAGGGUACUUACAUAUGAGCCUGGUUUACGCUUCCACAUCGCCGGUCCUUCGAUAAGUCCGUCGUCGGCCGCGCCAUUGU